AUGUAUUCGUCCUGGCUACUGUUCGUAUUGUGCUUGGCAACGGCCGCUGCUGAACCGCUCCGCCAUCGUCGACAGUUGGCAUGUGAUUGUGCUACAGUAACCCCAAAAUGUUCAUGUCAGCCAGUCGCUCAGUUUGGACUCCAGCAAAACUGUCAAUGCACACCUGCACCGGCUUGUCCAUGUGCUGAGCCCAUCAAGAUUGCUCAAUGUGCUCCAGUAUGCCAAACGACGUGUAUGGAUUCAUGCGCACAGCAGCAACAGCCGGUAGCACUGUGCCAGCAGUCGUGCAGUAAUACCUGUCAGAAGACAUGUCAGCCAGUUUGCAUGCAAGAAUGCGCAGCAAGCUGUCAACCUAGUCAACCAUCAUGUCAAGACAGUUGUCAGCCCAUGUGUCAACAAAUGCUGCCUAUCUAUCUCAACCCUGGAAAUCCUCCAGUUCCUGCUAGGGUAAAUCCAUUUGUUACCGCCGGGCGUCCUCCAUGCAAUCAAUGUCAGCCAGUCUGUCAGACUGCUUGUGCUGGACAACAAAUGCCAGCAUGCGAAGAACAAUGCGUGCAACAAUGUCAGCCAAUCUGUGAGCCUACACCGACGCUUGUUACCGAGCCAGUUUGCGCUCCUGCUUGUCAGCCAGCGUGCGAGCCAGCAUGUGUACAGAAAAUUGUUCGAGUUGAACCCCAAUGUGCCAAUCAAUGCAUGCCCUCAUGUGAACCCACCUGUAUCGAGAAGGUUUACAAUGUCAUCGCAGCUCCAUCUUGUCAGCCAGCUUGCCAGCCUGCUUGUGAGCCAUCUUGUGUGCAACAGGCUCUCGUACCUGUACAAACACAAUGUGCUCCUCAAUGUAUGCCAGCUUGCGAGCCUGUCUGCAUCCAAAAGGUGGUCGCUGCCCCGUCUUGUGUACCCGCUUGCCAGCCUGCUUGUGAACCAUCCUGCAUUCAACAGGUGGUUGCUGCCCCAUCCUGCGUGCCCUCUUGCCAACCUGCCUGUGAACCAUCCUGCAUUCAGCAGCAGCCAGUAGUUUCGCGUCAGCCACAGUGCGCUCCACAGUGUAUGCCUGCUUGUGAGCCAGUAUGCAUCCAGAAAGUAGCUCCGUCUUGCCAACCAGCUUGUCAACCUGCUUGUGAACCAUCAUGCAUUCAACAGGUUAUGCAACCGGUAGUGGUUUCUGCUCCACCACAAUGUGCUUCCCAAUGUAUGCCUGCCUGUGAACCCGUCUGCAUCCAGAAUGUAGUUCCAGCAGCUCCAUCUUGCCAGCCAGCUUGCCAACCCGCUUGUGAACCAGCAUGUGUACAGCAGGUACAAAAAGUGGAAUGUGCUCCGGCUUGUCAACCUACUUGCUCCCCAACCUGCACACAACAGCAGCCAGUGAUUUUGAACGCUCCUAUCAUUAUCAAUCUACCGUAUGAAACUCAGUUCUCACCGCAGUGUAAACCAGCAUGCUUUGAAACAUGCACAAAGCAAUGUGCUCAACAAAAUCAGUCGUGCGUCGAUCAAGGCAUAUUCUGUCGUUUUGUGAAACAUUUCUGUGAUGAACCAGUGCAUCUAGAAGUGAUGAAGAGGGAUUGUGCAGCUACUUGCCAUUUCUGCGAAGAAGUCGUAAAGGAACAUCAUCGGAAUGAAACUACAAUUACUCUACCUAAUGGCAUGCGAUUCCAGCAAAACCGUUCAAAGAAUAACACUACGACUGAUGUGCCAUGUGGAGGGAAUGGAGCUCGAAAAUGCAUACUGCCUAAUGAAAAAAAGCUUACCACAACGUCAUCACUGAAAUUAGGAAAAGUCAAGCAGAUUCCUUUGAAUGACAAGAACAGGACUGCUAACAGCACAGCUUCUAGUAGAACAAUCACUCUUCCAAAAGAAAAAACUCGCAAGAGCCCCUUUGCAACGAAGCCAAACACUCCAUCACCCAGCAACAAAAGAAUGAUUGAAUACAUGAAAAAUAAGACAAGAACCACCGCAGAUACGUCUACUACCGUAAUCUACAAUGUGUCAGUGGUUCCAGCUACAGAGUCUUAUGAAGCUAGGAGGAUCAAGUUAGAAGAGCUAUUGAAUUCUAAGAGUAACCUGCCCAAUAUCACUACCGCCGACAUCGAAUCGUUUACUGUAUCGCUUUCAAAAACGCUGAUCAAAGGCAAAUGCUACGACGAGUAUACCUAUUGCCGUGAGUUUUCCUCGCUUUGCGCUGAUCCGAACUACAGUGAUGUGAUGGCACGACAUUGUACCCUCACUUGUAACAGAUGUAACGAGGUUGAAUAUAGUGAAGAGUAUGGAGAGGAUUGUUACGAUAUCACACCUGAUUGCCGCUCUCAUAUGGAGCUUUGCACACAUGCAAAGUAUAGGCAAGUGAUGAUGGAUUCGUGCGCAAAGACAUGCAAGUUGUGUACACCAGUAUGCAAGGAUAGACACAGAAACUGCGCGAAAUUCGCUGAAGAUGGUUUCUGCGGCGAUGAAUUGUACAGUAAUGAUGAAAGACAGCAUUUGUGUGGACAGACUUGCAAACUGUGCUGA